ACACUAAACGGUGCGGACCCAGUUGUUGGCUCAUCGACGGCUCACUCUCGGGGCAAAGUGAUGUGAGUUCUGGAUUAACGAACCGGUAACGACGCCGUUUUGUGCGGGUCAUCGGUUCAGCAGCUGCGUUCCGACGAACCGGCCGGCCGGGCAGUCUGCCAGGCCGGGCCACUUCGUAUUUCUGAGGGAGACAUGCAUUCGAGUCCGGACGAGCGUUAGCCAGAUGUUUCAGAUGUGGAGGAUUCUCUCAACGAUCUGUUCCUGAAGCUGCAGCCGGACGAUCUGAGGUGCCAAGCGGCGAGUUCUGUCGGCUUCUCUGCUCAUCAUCAUGUCGAAGAGCAAGAGCUCGGAGUCCGUCAAAGUGGUGGUUCGGUGUCGCCCCAUGAACGAGAAGGAGCGGUCUGCGGGCUUCGGCCGGGUUGUCUCUGUCGACGUCAAAUUGGGCCAGAUCAUCGUCAGGAACCCCCGAGACGCCGGCGAGCUCCCUAAAGUCUUCACCUUCGAUUCGGUUUACGACUGGAACUCCAAGCAGAUUGACCUGUACGACGAAACCUUCAGGCCCCUGGUGGAGUCGGUUCUGCUCGGCUUCAACGGGACCAUCUUCGCUUACGGGCAGACGGGAACGGGGAAGACCUACACCAUGGAGGGGAUCAAAAACGACCUGGAGCGCAGGGGAGUCAUCCCCAACUCCUUCGAGCACAUCUUCACGCACAUCUCGCGCUCCCAGAACCAGCAGUACCUGGUCCGAGCGUCGUACCUGGAGAUCUACCAGGAGGAGAUCCGGGACCUGCUCUCCCAGGACCAGGCGCGCCGCCUGGAGCUCCGGGAGCGGCCCGACACCGGGGUGUACGUCAAAGACCUAUCGUCGUUCGUCACCAAGAGCGUCCGCGAGAUCGAGCACGUCAUGAACGUGGGCAACCAGAACCGCUCGGUGGGCUCCACCAACAUGAACGAGCACAGUUCGCGCUCGCACGCCAUCUUCGUCAUCACGGUGGAGUGCAGCGAGCUGGGCGUGGACGGCGAGAACCACAUCCGGGUCGGGAAGCUCAACCUGGUGGAUCUGGCGGGAAGCGAACGGCAGACGAAGACCGGCGCUCAGGGGGAGAGACUGAAAGAGGCGACGAAGAUCAACCUGUCGCUCUCGGCUCUGGGYAACGUCAUCUCGGCCCUGGUGGACGGCAGGAGCAGCCACAUCCCGUAUCGAGACUCCAAGCUGACCCGUCUGCUGCAGGACUCGCUGGGGGGCAACGCCCGCACCGUGAUGGUGGCCAACAUCGGCCCGGCAUCCUACAACCUGGAGGAGACGCUGACGACGCUGCGCUACGCCAACAGGGCCAAGAACAUCAAGAACAAGCCGCGCAUCAACGAGGACCCGAAGGACGCCCUGCUCCGCGAGUUCCAGGAGCAAAUCGCCCGGCUGAAGGAGCAGCUGGAGAAACGCGUGGGCAAGAAGAAGAGGAGGAGGCAGAGGAGGAGGGACGGGAGCAACGAGGAGGACGGCGAGACGGAGGACGACGACGAAGAGGGCGGCGACUACUGGCGGGAGCAGCAGGAGAAGCUGGAGAGGGAGAGGAAGGCCAUCAUGGAGGACCACAGUCUCGUGGCCGACGACAAAGCUCGGCUGGUGAAGGAGAAGGAGAGAAAACUGGAAGAUCUGAGGAGAGAGAAGGAGGCCGGAGAGAUGCUAGCAGCUAAAGUUAAGGCCAUGGAGAGUAAGCUCCUCGUCGGCGGGAAGAACAUCGUGGAUCACACCAACGAGCAGCAGAGGAUCCUGGAGCAGAAGAGGCAUGAAAUCGCCGAACAGAAACGUCGGGAGCGAGAGAUGCAGCAGCAGAUGGAGAGCCGCGACGAAGAAACUCUGGAGCUGAAGGAGACGUACAGCUCGCUCCAGCAGGAGGUCGACAUCAAAACCAAGAAGCUGAAAAAGCUGUUUUCGAAGCUGCAGGCAGUGAAAGCAGAAAUACAAGACAUCCAGGAGGCGCACAUKAAGGAGCGCCAGGACUUCGAACAGACCCAGAACGAGCUGACCCGGGAACUGAAACUCAAGCACCUGAUCAUCGAGAACUUCAUCCCGUCAGAGGAGAAGAACAAAAUCCUCCACAGAGCUUUCUUCGACGAGGAGGAGGAGUGCUGGAAGCUGAAGGCCAUCACUCGGAUCGAGGACGACCAUCAGAUGAUGUCCAGGCCUCUUUCAGCCGUGGGCUACAGGAGGCCCCUCAGUCACCACGCUCACGUGGCCAUGAUGAUGCGGCCCGACAUGAGAUACAAGGCCGAGAACAUCCUGAUCCUGGACAUGGACUUGCCGGGACGGACCACCAAAGAGUACCAGGAGCCGGUCAUCGCCCCGAAGGUGGCGGCAGCCCUGGAGGACGCCCUCAGAGACGAGGACGAGAUCCAGGUGGACGCCUCCGGCUUCCGCUGCAGCUCYGGACCAGCUCCGCCCUCCGGCACCGGCGGCAGCCUGAAGAAACCAAAGUCCGGACGGCCCAGAACAGGAAAGAAGUCCAGCACCCCGACGUCUCCCUUCAGCCCCUCCAGUCCAGCGUCCCCUCUUUACCCACAAUCCCGCGGCCUGGUGCCGAAGUGACUCCUCCUCCUCCUCCACCCACUGGACCUCCUACGCUCCUUCCUGCUGUCAGACGUGGAGAGGGGGGGUUUUAGAGGACCCCUGGGACCCCAGCUGCUCUGUAAAGUUUUAACCGCGUCACUGUCGCGCCUCACGCCGCCGCCUCAGGCCCAACGUCUUAAACAUCACCGUGUUCUUAACGCGCGGCCCGACGGGGCGACGGGCGCAGUCCGGCCCCGCGGGCGCUCGCUUCGACUCGUCAGGUCUCUUAUCCCGGCGUCAGAAUGAAGCUUUGGGUUUGUUUUUUAGCUGUUUUGACACAAAUUCAACCGUAAACCUGAAGGAGUGCAGUCCUCCUCYUUUAUUUCAAGCCUUCCACUUCCUGUCUGGCACCCGCAAAGAUCCGCCGAUUUAUUUGUUCUAAUCUGCAGCAUUUUCAGUUAAAAAUAAGUCUAAAAAUACAGAAAAGCUGUAUUUUUUUUAUUGUUUAACCAACUCAGAACUCUGGUUUCUGUUUAAAUUCAACUAAAAUUUAAAAUAUCACAAACUAACAUCAGUUAACUGGUUUAGAUUCGACAGAUUUCCAAAACAUUUGACAGAAAUGAGUCGAAUAAAAUAAACCGGACGUUUUCUGUGGCAUCAAGUCAAAAUAGUUAUUUUUAAUGGAUCAAGAGGUGGAGUUAAUUUAUCACUGUGAAUUUAUUGUAAUUAGARUCUCGUCUGUCUGUAGCUUAAUGGAUUUAAACCAACGUUCUCCAUCAGUUGAGGUUUUGUUUAGAGCUGCGUGGAAAUAAAAUUGUUCUUAAGCAACAGAAGGAAGAGAAGAACAUCAAAGAAAUAUAUCAUCUCUUCUACGAGGCACAAAGUGUUAAAUAAAAUGUUAAAAAAUGUCA